UCUCGAGACAUUCGACCAAUGGCCUAAACACUAUUCUGCCACUUUGUUUGCGUACAAUCCUGAAGGCCGACAAGUAUGCUGCGACGUAUGAGUGAACAGGGUCUCGAGAUCCCAAACCUUAUAUUCAUAACUCUCUUUGAUAUAGCCCGGAUGCUCCCUUGUCAUCCUGCAGAUACUCCUCCGUCUGUCCGCAUACCCUGCAGAUACCUACACGAUGAUGAUAAGUAGGACUCUACCCUUGUUCAUAAUUACUGCUGUAUGUGCAGUCGCCGCAUUCUUUUCAGUUGCCUUGCGAUGCUACACACGUAUCCGGAUCGUGAAACUCUUUGGAUGGGAUGAUUGGUUGAUGGUAUUUGCCAGUGCUUUCUUUACAUGGACGGUCGUCGAUAUUUUCCGUAAUCCAUUCUAUGCUGUUGGUGGCAGUGCGCAUAUGUCGGAUCACUCUACAGAGGAUGCUCGACUAGGAUACCAUCUGUGGUGGAUGAACUAUAUGGCGUACGGUAUAACUAUGACGUUGGCCCGUCUAUCAGUCGCGCUCUUCUUCCUACGCAUCACUGUUUGGCGUUGGCAUCACUGGAUGAUUUACCUCAACAUAUUCGGCAAUGUGACCUCGGGUUUGGUCUACCUUGGUGUCGUCAUCUUUCAAUGUACACCGGUGAAUCAUUUCUGGAAUAAGGUCGAUCCAACAGCCAAAGGUCGUUGCAUUCCCAUCGAUAUCUUCAUCGACCUUGGCUAUCUCUAUGGCUCUGUCAGCGCUUUUUGUGAUCUCGUCCUUGUCGCCUUGCCACUUCAUCUCGUCUGGAACCUGGAAGUCUCGAGACAAACAAAGCUGGCCACUGCACCUUUACUGAGUAUGGCCGGACUUUGUGGCUGUUGCCCCUUGGCCCGCAUGGCAUAUCUUCAAAAGUUUCAUGAUCCCGACUUUUUCUUCGCAACUGUCGAUAUUGCUAUAUGGUCUACCUUUGAGCCCGGUAUUGCAAUCGCAGCAGCCAGUGCAGCCACCUGUAGACCUCUCCUCAAAUCCCUCCUCUUGAAACUCGGUUUCAAGAGUGAACCUGGUUCUGUAAAGCGCAAAGGCUUCGUAGGAUCACUGCAUUCCAUCGUCCUCAAGCUCGCGUUCGAUGACGCGUCACUAAUACGAGAUACACUCGCUUCACAGGAGCAUCUGCACCAGGUGGACACCGAAAGAGGCGACAUAAUGAUGGCUCUGCGACCUGGAACUCCUUCAACCAUGAACGACAAGCGGACUCACGAGUCGGAUUCGGUGCGCGGGAUUCCUCGCGCCGCAAUCAGCAUCCAAGAAGACUUCGCGAUCAACGGGAAGGAGCACACGAUUGAUAUCAUCGCAGCGUCACGAUCCUCAUCAGCGACUGGGAAAUCCUAUCCUCUGCAUCCUGAGCUCCAAACCUAUCUCCAUUCUGUCCGAUCCUGGGGCGGAAAUUCUCGUUCGCUCACACCGACCGAGAGUCUUCCGGAGACACCGGAGCCACCUAGUCAUGAAAUCCCAGAUGCAAGUCUCAAUGCACUGCCUCCUAUUCAUCAUCCCUGGAGCCCAGUGCGAGGGAAAGCCUCGAUACCACCGUGUCUGCCGCGCUGACGGUCGAUUGAGUAACAUCAUCAACAAUAUAGCAGUGCGAACUCGCAUGCACAAGCUUACUAAUUACGAGUCAACGCGAGGCAGUGUUAAUGAGGUAAAGCUGACGCCCAACGAACCCGAAACCGAAGGAUCCUUGGAUGCGAUCGACACCGUUA